CGUUAGUGACAACUGACAACGUCAGUUAGUCAACAUUACGAUUUCGCGUUAUAACAACAAAGCCUAUCUUGGAUAGGCAGCAAUGUCCUAAUUCCAACUUUAAAAAUGCUUGAAGAAAUUUCCAGUUCAUAUUUGGCAAAAAUUAGUGAUUUGUUAGGUACUACCGAGCCUGCUUUAAAAUUGCUAUUGACUGUUCUUGGUGGUUACCCUUUGGCCUUAAUAUAUAGAAAAUAUGUGUACGGUAAAGAUGCAUAUUUGCAACACAUAUAUUUCAUUCUCACUGGAUUCCUUUUGGGAUACUGGAACUAUGGCAUGGAUAUGUUCCACUGCGUGUUCACAAUUUUCUUCACAUACUGCACAUUAUUAAUACUUAAAGGCACUAUGCUAUGCGUGGCUGUGACAUUUAUCUUCAAUAUGUCAUAUUUAUUAAUAGGUUAUUUUUACACCAGUACCGAUACUUAUGAUAUAAUUUGGACUAUGCCCCAGUGCAUUUUAGCACUACGAUUAAUUGGGACAGCUUAUGACUAUUACGACGGACAUCAGCCACACGAUAAAUUAUCUGCUGAUAGUAAAAAAGUGGCCCUGGUCAAGAGGCCGGAGCUUCUGGAAAUAUUUGGGCAUAGUUUCUUCCCGGCGGCAUGUUUGAUUGGGCCGCAGUUCCCAAUGAAAAGGUACCAGGAAUUUGUAGCGGGCAACUACGGCAAAAAGGAUGCUCCUAAUUGUCCGCCAGACUCGGUAGAUGCCGCUGUAAAGAGGUUUACUCUUGGCGUCGUAUACCUUGCAAUUUUCCAAGUAUUUGGAAUGUUUGUCUCUGAUGAAUACCUUUUGACUGAUCAGUUUCAAAAUUUAAGUUUCUUUAGAAAAAUGUUGCUGCUCGGUAUUUGGGGACGGUACACCUUAUAUAAAUAUAUAUCUUGUUGGCUCAUCGCAGAGGGCGCUUGUAUUUUAUUUGGGAUAACCUACACCGGCGAGAACGAACACGGCGAGGCGCAGUGGAACGGAUUGGAAAAUAUUAAAAUUUCCAUUUUCGAAAAUACCACCGAGUUCAACCACUACAUCCAGUCCUUCAACGUUAACACAAACCACUGGGUGGCGCACUACGUCUACAAAAGGUUGAAGUUUUUGGGCAACCGUCAAAUCAGUCAGCUUGCGGCUUUGCUGUUUUUGUCAGUGUGGCACGGGUUGCACAGUGGCUACUACGUCUGCUUCUUCUUCGAGUUCUUGGUGAUACACAUGGAGAGGGAUAUAAAAUCGAUAGUAAAGAGCAACGCAAAGCUGUCCCAAUUCUUCAGUUCCCCGAAGGUGCAGUUGCCUUUACAGAUACUUUUAAGGGUUUAUACCUUCGUCUUUAUGGGUUGGUGUCUGCUGCCAUUCAGCCUGCUGCAGUUCGACCGGUACUGGAAAGCGUUUCGUAACGUAAAUUGCGUAGGGAUUAUCUUGUUCGGGUUGUGGCCCGUGGUGUAUUCUCCGAUUUUGAGAUUCGCUUUGAAAGGGGCGAAACGGGAUUAAAGUUUCGACAGCUUAUUUUGUACCUCACGAGCUCAACUUACGCAAUCGAUCGACACAUUUUAACCAGGUUCUAAUUUUGAAGGUACAAAAGAUUAAAUUUAAUAAUAUUUGCUGUUAUAUAUUAUAGAUCGAAUAUCAAAAUUUUAAUAUAACCGUUUGGAGGUAUUUUUUAGCGUCCGCUAAUAAUUUAUAUAAAAAAAAUGUCCACCUUGUGCGAAUAUUAAGGAAGCGGUGCACGGAGGUGUAAAGCUUUUUUAAUGGUAUCGUCAUCUAAUAGAAUCACGUUAAUACAUAUUUUUUAUAAUAUUGUACUUAAUUAUAGGAAAUUAUUUGAAACGUUUGACUUUUAUUUGAGGCACAAUUUAUUUAAUUUUUAUCUUAGAUAACGCGAAUAAUUUAUUAUAGCAAAUUUUUUAAUAAACUUUUAU